GGGCAAUCCACCAGACCCUUUCUCAACCUUUUAUGGUCCGUAUGCAAAGCUUCAAAGCAAUCUAUAUGUAACUCUCAGAGGAUGGUAUUGCAUCUUCUCGGCAAAAAGUCAUGGAACGUCUACAACACAGACAACAUCGCCCGCGUCCGGCGCGAUGAAGCCGAAGCAAAGGCGCGUGGCGAAGAAGAACAACGGCGUCUACAGGAAAUCGAUGCCGAAAAGCGUAUACAGGUCCUACGGGGUCUCCGCUCUCCGUCGAGAUCCCCUCCACCUGUUCAAGAAGCGCCAACCGCCGCCGAACGAAAGGAUAAGGAACGAGAACAUCGAGAACCUCGAGAUCACCGUCACCGUAAACGACGACGUAUAGCUGGCGAAAAUGAGACAGAUCGCGAUAUUCGAUUUGCUAGAGAGGAUGCGCAACGCGCAGAAACAAAGCGUGAAAAUGAUGUCGUCCUCGUCCGUAAACCGUCCAAGGACGAUGCACCCAUCAUCGAUGAUUCGGGGCAUAUCAACCUAUUCCCCGAGCCUGCCGCGAUAGAUGCUAUUACCGGUAGUUCGGGGAAGAAUCCCGAGGCGGAGGAGGAGGCUGCAAAGAAGAAACUCGAAUAUGAGGACCAAUAUACCAUGCGGUUCUCGAAUGCGGCUGGAUUUAAGCAGAGCUUGGAUAAGGGACCGUGGUAUUCGUCGUCGGCCGUUGACAUAGCGGCUAAGACGGCAGAGGAUAUGUUGCCAAGUAAAGAUGUGUGGGGGAAUGAAGACCCGCGUAGGCAGGAGAGAGAGAGGGCGAGGACUGAUAUGAACGAUCCGUUGGCUGCGAUGAAAAGGGGUGUACGUCAGUUGCGGGAGGUUGAGAAAGAAAGGAAGAAGUGGGAAGAGGAAAGAAGGAGAGAGUUAAAGGCCUUGAAGGAGGAGGAGAGGAGGGAGCGGGGGGAUUCGAGUCGGCAUCGUCGAGAAAGGCGGCGGCGAAGAAGGCGGGGAUCGGAUGGUUCGCUGGAUAGUUUGGAGGGCUUUCGUUUAGAUGCCGAGACACAGCCGGCAGGGAGUGGCCGUGAUCGUGACCGUGAGCUCUCGAGAAACCCCCAUCGGGAACGAGGGGAGCGGAGUCAGGAAGAGCGUUCAAAACAUUCCCGGGCCUACGGCAAUAGUCAUUCUCAUAGAAGCUCCAGAGACCAGGAUAAGGACCGGGCCAAACGCUCUUCCAGUGAUGACCGGCUGUCUAGUUGGGCGCCGGCACCUGGGAAACGUUAUAGUGCCCAAUUUGCCGAUGUUUAAUUUGCCAAUUUGAGCUAUGAAAACUUUUAAUGAUAGCUAUGAAUAAUGACCCCUUUUUAUUUCUUUGACCAACCCAACCCUCUCUAUUUGAUAUACCCAAAUUAAAUAUGCACAAUCAUCAACCCAAACCCCAAACGUAAACUAUCUGGUAUUUGAAAAAUGUCACCAGAGUAAUAGCUUAUUGCAGUGACCACUCCUGCCGUCCGGUUUCGACACCCUCGAUAUCCCAGUCAAUCCCAAUAUCCAAGAGCCGUGAUUUAUCAUCCUUCUUCCUAUACUCCACGUGUCCCUUAAUAACCUGUCCCUUCCUCAACGGUUUGGCAGCCUUCUUCCCGCGGUUUAUCAAAAACACCCCUUGUUGCCAAUGAGUCUCCGGAUCGAAUGGACCCGUCGAGAACGCGACAUAUCCUUCCUUCUUCAUAUCGCCCGGCAGCGCAUCUUCAGCUACCUUCGAUGUCCUAGAUGGCAUAAAAAACAUAUCAAACCACACUGCCCAGCCGUCCAACGCAUCGAUGUCCGUGUUAAGCGUAACUUCGAAUUCUUUGAUGAACGUUAGCUCCUCGACAGUUAUGGUGUGUAACGGCAACUGCAGGAACGGUGAUGCUUUGGCAACGAUGGUUUCUUCUGCUUUCUGGAUGUAUCGAACAAGUGCCUCAUCGUAUAUGUUGAGAAGCAUGCUGGACAUUUUGAACCCGUAGAUAGAGUUCCAGAAGGUUAUGUGCGAGUCCACGAGAUCUGGAUCAGCCAAGGGCGCGAUUUGGAGCGUGGCAUGGGAGGGAACCAUCAACCCGUCCGGUGCGAGAUAGCGGUCUCGGGCCCAGAUUACUGAGUCGAACAUUGCUUCGAAAAGGAGGCAGUAUCCCAUCCAUUCAGAAACAAUGAUAUCGACUUGGGGUACUGGUAGUUCCACUUCUUCGAUUUUUCCGCGGAUACAUCUAGUAAUUUUUUAGUUGAAUGGAUUAUAGUACCUUUGGUAGUUUAGGAUGUAGAUAGAGCGCCUACUUAAUCACAUCCCCAAACCCGUUGUCAUAGACGAUUUCGCGCGCCCGAUCAAUGAUAUCUGAAUUGUCAACAGCAAUGACCAUUUUCGCCCCGGCUUUUGCGCAGAACAUGGACAGAAUACCUAGGCACAGUAAGUCGUGAGGAUAUGGAUAUAAUAAUGGGCUCAAUAAUCAUACCCGUUCCGCACCCAACAUCAAGUACAACCUUGUCCUUGAACAAACUCUUGUUAUCAUAUAUGAAAUCCCUAUAGGCAUCUGUACGGACAGUGUCCUUGAGCAUGGACUCAUGUAUACCUAGACAAUGAGAAGUUAGUGAACGUGCC